AUGCCUCAGCAGAAGACAUCCUCGCUCAAGACUUAUUUUGACGAGAUAGAAGAGACCAACGGCGAUGACGAAUGCAGGGCCUGGUUAAGUAGAGCUUUUGACUCCAAGGCUGAACUGGCAGUGUUUGUCGCUGAGCGGCGGGAAGGAGGGGGAACUGGAAAAUAUGUUGAUUUUCUCAAGGGUUCCUUCAACCUUAGCUUCCGCUUCAGCUUCGACGAUAGACGGCCGGAUGUCAUUAUUCGGUUUCCGAAGCCCGGACACACGGCUACAGCGUAUAGGGACGAAAAGGUUCUGAAUGAGGUCCAGAUCAUGGAAUACCUCCACCAAAACACUGAUAUCCCCAUUCCUCGUCUUCACAGCUGGGGCUUAACUGCCGAGAGUCCGCAAUACCUUGGUCCAUUCAUCAUCAUGGAUUAUGUCAAUGGUACACUUUUAUCGACUAUCUUAAAAAAGCCUGUUCAAGUAACUAUAGUUCUGAACCCGAGUAUCGACAACGCAAUAUUAGAUAAGAUCUAUUAUCAAAUCGCCUAUUACAUAUUCCAACUGUCUCAACUCACGUUUGCUAGUAUCGGGGCCAUCUCGAAGGACCAUACUUCAGGUGCAUGGCACGUUGCCCGAAGACCCCUAACGUAUAAUAUGAACGAGUUAGCCACUGUUUCCGGCUACCUUUAUAAUCAAUUUCCAACCGCGCCAUUUGACCGUGCAAGCGAUUAUUUAAGGUCGGUCGCGAACGAGCACUUGCUCCACCUUUGGACUCAGCGCAACCUUGCCGACGAUGCGGAAAUCGCUUAG